AUGGGUUUGCCACCAAUGGAUUUUGAUGCUGUCUUAGAGAAGUGCGGCAACUUCGGACGCUUUCAAUAUCUCAUUUUGUUAUGUUUCGCAAUUACGAAUAUCCUUUCGUCGAUGCAUUAUUUUUCGCAGACGUUAAUCAGUUUUACACCGGAUCAUUGGUGCUAUCACGAGAAGUUGGCCAACGCUAGUUUUGAGGAAAUUCGCGCGGUUUACGCCCAAACUCAGAGUCCACACUGCACACUACUCGACGAUGUAGUCGAUGGCAAGCCAAUUGUGGCUGAGGUGGGAAAAUGUCGGCAGUGGAUCUAUGAAUAUGAAAAAGGUUUCAGGAGCGUCACCACAGAUCUCAAUUGGGUAUGUGAUGACGCCUUCCAGUCGGCGGUAGGUCAAUCGCUGUACUUUGUGGGUUCCGUUACAGGAACAAUGUUUUUCGGCUUCUUAGCCGACAAAAUCGGACGUCUACCGGCAAUGCUUUGUACAACUUUGAGUGGUGCUUUGGGUGAUUUCCUAACAAGUUUUGCUAAUAAUUUACCAACAUUUGCGCUGUUUCGUUUCAUUUCCGGCUUAUCCACAGACACCCUCUACCUCACGUACAUAAUGGUUUUUGAAUACUUGAGUCCACAGAAACGCACACUCGGCCUAAACUUGAUAACCGGCGUGUUCUAUUUCAUCGGUUUGGCACUUUCACCUUGGUAUGCGCUGUGGUCCGGUUCGUGGCGUAAUUACCUGUACAUAGCUUCCAUACCGGCUUUGAUUGCUAUCACUUAUCCCUUUGUGAUUUGUGAGAGCGCACAGUGGCUGAUUACAACACAACGUUAUGAACGCGCCGUCAAAUGUCUGAAGCGUGUUGCCAAAAUCAAUAAGCGCGAAGUGAAAGACGAAGUAUUUGAAGAGUUCGUAGCAUAUUAUCAGAAAAAGGCGAGCGACGAGCGCAAGUCUGGUGCCACGAAAGACACUUUCUGGGGCAUGUUCCGUACACCACGUCUACGCAAAUUCACCAUUAUAAUGCUGCUGAAAUCCAUGAUCAUCAUGCUCGCUGUUGAUGUGAUCAGUAAGAAUAUGGAAGGCAUGGGUUCCUCACCAUUUUUCCUCUUCUCAGCUAGUUCGGUUUCGUAUAUUAUUGGCGGUUUUAGCAUUAUUCUGCUACAGAAUCGCAUCGGUCGUAAGGGCAUGGCUUUCACCACGCUACUACUUAGCGCCGUUAUUGUUGCCACUACUGGAUUUCUGAUUGCCACACUUGAUACCGAGCAGCAUGCGACCAUUCUCGCUAUUAUGGUCUGUCUCGGUCGUUAUGGUGUCGUGGUGAGCUACGAGGCGGAAGCGCAGUAUGCCUCCGAAUUUAUACCAACGUCGGUACGCGGUCGCGGCAUUGCGAAUAUACAUGUUGUCGGCUUCGGUUUCACCAGCCUUAGCUCUUAUGUGAUCUACCUGGGUUACUUCUACAAACCACUGCCGUCCAUUUUUGUUGCUAUAAUAUUGUUUAUGGGCGCGCUUUUAUGUUUGGCGUUGCCAGAGACUAUGAAUCAAAAAUUGCCACAGACCUUGAAAGAUGGCGAGGAGUUUGCGCGACAUCAACGCUGGUACUACUUCCCAUGCUUCGACAGGAAGCAAGAGCAAAAAGAUGCUGAAAUUAACAACUGAGAGUAGAAAUGUUCAAGUGUGUAUGUGUGUUUAGUGUUUUAUUAUAUGGAAUUGGAAUUUCGUAUUGAAAUUUGUGUAGAAAUGUGAAAGCUUUCAGUUAGUUUAUAGGAAAUGUCAAAAUAAAAGCUAUGAAGAGCUUUAUGAGGUUUUCCUUGUGUUUUGUUGAGCGUGUAU